AUGCCGCGCCCCUCCAUCUGUGCUGCGCCCCUCUUCCCUCGCCGCGCCAUGAGUUCAUCCUCCUCCAUCGCCUCCAACCCCUUCGUUGGUCCCGAUGUCACCCUCGUCCGCGAUCUCAACAUCCAUGAGCGUGUUCCGGUGGUGCUUGAUCAAUCCACCGAGUCCUACUUCGCUUGGAAGCGGUACUUCUCCUUGGUGUUUCGCGAGUACCUGCUCUACGGCCACGUCGACGACACCGUGGACUCGAGCCUCAUGAUUCAUGACGAGGAGUGGAUGAUCCUCGACGCCACCAUCAUCCGUUGGUUCUACCUCACCAUCUCCAACCACCUCAUCCACACGAUGGUGGAUGACGACGACGACGCCUAUGCCGUCUGGACCAAGCUCAAUGGCCUCUUCACCGACAACAAGCUGCAGCGCAAGGUCCUUCUCCACGGCGAGUUUUACGGGUGCCAGCAGCUUGACUCGUCCAUCGACGAUUUUUGCAUGUGCCUCAAAAAGCUUGCCAAUGAGCUCCGCGAUCUCGGCGAGACGGUCGGCGACGAGCUCCUCAUCAGCACCCUAACCGCCGGCCUCAACGAGGACUUUGGGAACGCCGCCUCCAACCUCACCCUCAUCCUGGAUCCUACCUUCGAUAAGGUGGUGGCGUCCCUCAAGCUGGAGGAGCGACGGAUGAAGAUGGCGCGGACUCGGGCGACCCACACCGCUCUCGUCGCCGGCACCCGUGGGGGCCAGGCGCCGCCGCGUCCCACGCCGGCCACCCCCUUCUUGCUGCCCCAGCCGGCCGCCAACGGGGGCCGCCGUGAAGGCCGCAAGCAGCAGCACGACACGAGCGCUCAGGGAGGAGCGACCCGCCCCCAGCAGCAGCAGUACCAGCCGGCCUCGUGGUAUGCCGGCCAGAACCCUUGGAUUGGCGUCGUGCAUGCCUACUCCAUGUCGGUUGCCCGCGCCCCUGCCCCGGGUAUCCUCGGCGCGCGGCCUCCGUCCCACCAAGUGUUCUAUGCCGCGCCACAGCCCUAUGCGGCGCCCUACGGGCCUCUCUCCUCCGGCCAGCCACCGUAG